UAAGAGGCUCACCGUCCCUUCUCUCCCAUAGGAAGCCAAGUGGACUGGAACCAGAUGGACUCCAAUGGGCCUGCAGGACUCGGGCACAGGGGUGGAGCCUCAGGCUGCCCCCUGGAGGGCUCGCCCCAAUCCUCGGACAGAUCCAACCUGGUGCAGACAUGCCUGCAGCAGUUCACGGUGACGGUGGCACAGCUCCAGCAGAUCCGGACCAGCCUCCUAGGCUCCAUGGAGCAGGCACUGAUGGGGCAGAAUGACCCUGCCCCUGCUGUCCGGAUGCUGCCCACGUAUGUGGGCUCCACCCCACAUGGCACCGAGCAGGGAGACUUUGUGGUGCUGGAGCUGGGGGCCACAGGGGCCUCGGUGCGUGUGCUGUGGGUGACUCUGACGGGCACUGAGGGGCACAGGGUGGAGCCCAGGAGCCAGGAGUUUGUGAUCCCCCCAGAGGUGAUGCUGGGCCCUGGCAAGCAGCUCUUUGACUUUGCCGCCUGCUGCCUGACCAAGUUCCUGGAGGCACUCCCCGUGAGCAACCAGUGUCUGCCGCUUGGGUUCAGCUUCUCCUUCCCCUGUCACCAGACGGGCCUGGACAGGAGCAUCCUCAUUUCCUGGACUAAGGGCUUUAGAUGCAGUGAUGUGGAAGGCCAGGACGUAGUCCAGUUGCUGAGAGAUGCCAUCGAGAGGCAAGGGGCCCCAAGCCUCAACGUAGUUGCUGUGGUGAACGACACGGUGGGAACCAUGAUGGGCUGUGACCCGGAGCUUGGGCCGUGUGAAAUCGGGCUCCUUGUAGACCUUGGCACCAAGGCCUGUUACAUGGAGGAGACGAAGCAUGUGGCAGUGCUGGGUGAGGACCUGGGCAGUGUCUGCGUCAGUAUCGAGUGGGGCUCUUUCUGCGAUGAUGAAGCCCUGGGGCCGGUGCUGACCUCCUUUGACCAUGCCCUGGACCAGGAGUCCCUGGAUCCUGGUGCCCAGAGGUUUGAGAAGAUGAUUGGGGGCCUGCACCUGGGCGAGCUGGUGCGACUGGUGCUGGUUGACCUGGCCCAGCGUGGGCUCCUCUUUGGAGGAUGCACCUCCCCUGCCCUUCUGAGUCAAGGCAGCGUGGCCCUGGAGCACGUGGCCGAGAUGGAGGACCCUUCAGCCGGGACAGCCAGAGUCCUUGCCGUCCUGCAGAACUUGGGCCUGAGUCCAGAGGCCUCGGACGUGGAGCUCGUGCAGCGCGUGUGCGCGGCUGUGACCACGCGAGCCGCUCGCCUCUGCGCCGCCGCCUUGGCUGCCAUCCUCGGCCGCCUACAGCACAGCCGGGAGGAGCAUGCACUCCAGAUCGCCGUGGCCACCGGAGGCCGAGUAUUUGAGCGACAUCCCAGUUUCCUCGGCCUCCUGAAGGAGACAGUGAUGCUUCUGGCCCCUGAGUGUGGUGUCUCUUUCAUCCCUUCUGUGGAUGGUGGCGGCCGGGGUGUGGCAGUGGUGACCGCCGUGGUUACCCGCCUGGCCACCAACCGGCGCCUGCUGGAGGAGACACUGGUGCCGUUCCGGCUAGACCGGGAGCAACUGGCAGCAGUGCAGGUCCAGAUGCAGGAGGCCAUGGCCAAGGGGCUCCGUGGGGAGGCCUCCUCCCUGCGCAUGCUGCCCACCUACGUCCGUGCCGUACCUGACGGCAGCGAGCGUGGGGACUUCCUGGCCCUGGACCUGGGGGGCACCAACUUCCGGGUCCUCCUGGUGCGUGUGGCCGCUACAGGCGUGCAGAUCACCAGCGAGGUCUACACCAUCCCUGAGCUCAUGGCCCAGGGCCCUGGGCAGCAGCUCUUCGACCACAUUGUGGACUGCAUCGUGGACUUUCAGCAGAAGAAGGGCCUGGUUGGGCAGAGCCUCCCCCUGGGCUUCACCUUCUCCUUCCCAUGCAGGCAGCUCGGCCUGGACCAGGGCAUCCUCCUGAACUGGACCAAGGGUUUCAGCGCGUCAGACUGUGUGGGCCAAGACGUCGUGGCUCUGUUGCGGGAAGCCAUUAGGCGCAGACAAGCAGUGGAGCUGAAUGUGGUUGCCAUUGUCAAUGACACGGUGGGGACCAUGAUGUCCUGUGGCUAUAAAGACCCCCGUUGUGAGGUUGGCCUCAUCGUCGGAACAGGCACCAAUGCCUGCUACAUGGAGGAGCUCCAGAAUGUGGCGGGCGUGGAUGGGGACUCUGGCCACAUGUGCAUCAACAUGGAGUGGGGCGCCUUUGGGGAUGACGGCACGCUGGGUGUGCUCAGCACCCACUUUGACGCUAGUGUGGAUGGGGCGUCCAUCAACCCUGGCAGGCAGAGAUUUGAGAAGCUGAUCAGCGGCAUGUAUUUGGGGGAGAUUGUCUGCCACAUCCUGUUGCAUUUGACCCGUCUUGGCGUGCUGUUCCAGGGCCAGCAGACCCAGCAACUACAGGCCAGAGGCAUCUUUAAGACCAAGUUUCUAUCUCAGAUUGAAAGCGACAGCCCGGCCCUGCGGAAGGUCCGAGACAUCCUGCAGGGUCUGGGGCUGUCCCUGACCUCAGAUGACGCCCUGAUAGUCCGAGAGGUGUGCCAGGCAGUGUCCCGGAGGGCCGCCCAGCUCUGUGGGGCAGGCGUGGCUGCUGUGGUGGAGAAGAUCCGUGAGAACCGGGGCCUGGAGGAGCUGACAGUGACCGUAGGAGUGGACGGGACCCUCUACAAGCUGCACCCCCACUUCUCCCGCCUGGUGGAGGCCACCGUGCGGGACCUGGCCCCUCGCUGUAAGGUCACCUUCCGGCAGUCGGAGGAUGGCUCUGGCAAAGGUGCAGCCUUGGUCACUGCUGUUGCCUGCCGCCUGGCCCAGACACCCCGAAUCUGAGGACGUCUCCAGGAGCCACGAUGUCUCAGCCUCAGCCUUGCUGCACCAGAGCCUGGGCCUAGCCUGCCCCCACACCCCAGGACCCCCAGAACAGC